AUGGCCAACGACACCCCGGUCGUCGACGUCCAGCGCCCCGCCAACGGCGGCGAAGCCAUCGACAACCUCGCCAUGUGGCGCGGCUUGAACGCGCCCAACCGCCAGGUCCACCAGAAGCGCGUCCUGGUCACCGGCGGCGCCGGCUUCAUCGGCUCGCAUUUGGUCGACCGUCUCAUGGAGGACGGCCACGACGUUAUCGUCGUCGACUCGCUCUUCACCGGCAAGAAGGAGAACCUAGCGCGCUGGCGCAUGCACCCGCGCUUCGAAUUCUUCCGCCACGACGUCACGGAGCCGUUCAACGCCGAGAUCGACCAGAUUUACCAUCUCGCCUGCCCGGCCUCGCCCGUGCACUACAAGUACAACGCCAUCAAGACCAUCAAGACCAACGUCUUGGGCACUAUCAAUAUGCUCGGCUUGGCGAAGCGCACCGGCGCCCGCUUUCUGCUCGCGUCUACGUCGGAGGUCUACGGCGACCCCGAGGUCCAUCCGCAGGUCGAGGAGUACUGGGGCAACGUCAAUCCCAUCGGCGUUCGCAGCUGCUAUGACGAGGGCAAACGAGUGUCGGAGACCCUCUCGUUUGACUAUAAUCGCCAGCACGGCGUCGAGAUUCGCGUCGUCCGCAUAUUUAAUACGUACGGCCCGCGCAUGGUUCUCAACGACGGCCGCGUGGUGUCCAACUUCGUGGGACAGGCUAUUCGCGGCGAGCCGCUCACCAUUUAUGGAGAUGGGAUGCAGACGAGGAGCUUCUGCUAUGUCGCCGACCUGGUCGACGGGCUUGUGCGUAUGAUGAACCAGGACACGCAUGUGGGGCCGUUCAAUAUGGGCAACCCGGGCGAGUUUACGAUGAAGGAGCUCGCCGAGAUUGUCAAGAAACUCGUUAGUCCGCAAUUGGAUAUCAAGUACUUGCCGCCGACGCCAGACGAUCCCAUGAAGAGGAAGCCGGAUAUUACAAAGGCGAAGACGCACUUGAAGUGGGAACCCAAGGUGGCUUUGAGGGAGGGACUCAAGCCUAUGGUGGAGGAUUUUAGAAAGCGCAUUUUGGGGGACACCAGCGCGCAGGAGCUACCUAAAUAG